CUCCCCAUGUACACCUUCCAUGCACGACCAAGUUAGCUUUAUUAUCAGUUCAUCAAUCAGUUCCUAUAUAUAGAACAGCAGCACUUAGCAAUUAGCAUGCCAAUUCAACUAACAUUUGAAAAUGCAGGUAGUGUUACUAUUGUGUCUAGUUCUCACUUCAGCAGUUGCAACAACCACAUUGAAGGGAGACUAUGGCUAUGGUGGUGAUACUACUGGCUGUCCAUUAGCAACCGAUUUGUACCAAUACACUUGCCCGGAAGCAGAGGCCAUCAUCUUCUUUUGGGUUGAACAGGCUGUCUCUCAAGAUCCAAGAAUGGCAGCCUCACUGCUCAGGCUACAUUUUCAUGAUUGCAUUGUCAAUGGUUGUGAUGCUUCAGUGUUGCUGGAUGACACAAAGGACUUUGUUGGUGAGAAAACUGCAGGUCCAAAUUUGAAUUCACUGAGAGGGUUUGAAGUAAUAGACCAAAUCAAAUCAGAACUAGAACUAGUUUGCCCACAAACUGUUUCUUGUGCUGACAUACUUGCUACCGCUGCUCGGGAUUCAGUUCUUCUGUCUGGAGGUCCAACAUGGGAGAUGCAAAUGGGAAGAAAAGAUAGCAUCACUGCAAGCAAGGGAGCAGCAAACAGUAAUAUCCCAGGACCAAACUCGACUGUUGAUAUGCUAGUAGCUAAGUUUGAGAGUGCUGGCCUCACACUCAAAGACAUGGUUGCCCUCUCAGGCGCGCACACUAUCGGAAAAGCUCGUUGCUCGACAUUCAGCUCUCGUUUGCAGGGAAGUGGUGACUUAGGUAGUCAAAAUAUGAAUAUUGAUUUCAUUGCAUCAUUGCAACAGAUAUGCUCAGUUCCAGAUAACAGCAACCAAGUUGCACAGCUUGACCUGGCUACUCCAGCAACGUUUGAUAACCAAUACUAUGUAAAUCUUCUUUCUGGAGAAGGAUUGCUUCAAUCAGACCAAGUGCUGGUGAAUGGGAAUGAUCAGACACUUCAGAUUGUGGAGACCUACGCGGAGGACCCAUUGGCUUUCUUUGAGGACUUUAAGGAUUCAAUGGUGAAAAUGGGAAGCUUGGGAUCACUCACGCAGAGUAAUGGCCAGAUUCGUACAAACUGCCGAGUUAUUAACUAGCUUUAGCCUUUUGUUUCUAUAUAAAAUAAUAGUUCUCAAGUUGAUGUUGCACUGUUUAGAAGCAAGAUGGUAAUCGUGUGCUAAUAAUCGUUCAUUAUGAAAAUUUGACGUUAACUACUGGAAGAAAAAGUAUUAAUGAUUACUUGAAUUGAGCUUUAGUCAAAAUGUGUGUAUUAU